AUGAGAGAGUGCAUCUCGAUCCACAUCGGACAGGCCGGAAUUCAGGUCGGCAACGCCUGUUGGGAGCUUUACUGUCUCGAGCAUGGCAUCCAGCCUGAUGGACAAAUGCCGAGUGAUACCACUGUUGGUGGAGGUGAUGAUGCCUUCAACACAUUCUUCAGCGAGACUGGUGCAGGCAAACACGUCCCUCGUGCAGUGUUUGUUGACCUGGAGCCAACUGUAAUCGACGAGGUCCGCACGGGCACAUAUCGCCAGCUGUUCCACCCAGAGCAGCUCAUCAGCGGCAAGGAAGAUGCUGCCAACAAUUUUGCCAGGGGCCACUACACAAUUGGCAAGGAAAUCGUGGACCUUUGCCUCGACAGAAUCCGCAAGCUUGCAGAUAACUGCACGGGUCUCCAGGGCUUCCUAGUCUUCCACGCGGUUGGCGGUGGCACUGGUUCUGGACUCGGUUCCCUUUUGCUCGAGAGGCUCUCUGUCGACUAUGGGAAAAAGUCGAAGCUGGGUUUCACUAUCUACCCUUCCCCCCAGGUUUCAACUGCUGUUGUGGAGCCUUACAACUCUGUUCUUUCCACUCAUUCACUCCUUGAGCACACUGAUGUAGCUGUUCUCCUCGACAACGAGGCCAUUUACGAUAUUUGCCGCAAGUCCCUCGACAUUGAGAGACCCACCUACACUAAUCUCAACAGGCUCAUCUCUCAGGUGAUAUCUUCCCUGACGGCUUCACUGAGAUUCGACGGCGCCUUGAAUGUUGAUGUAAACGAGUUCCAGACAAAUCUUGUCCCGUACCCAAGAAUCCACUUCAUGCUCUCCUCAUAUGCCCCCGUAAUCUCAGCCGAGAAGGCCUACCACGAACAGCUGUCCGUGGCUGAGAUCACCAACACGGCCUUUGAGCCCUCGUCAAUGAUGGUCAAGUGCGACCCGCGCCACGGGAAAUACAUGGCCUGCUGCCUAAUGUACCGUGGUGAUGUGGUCCCGAAAGAUGUAAACGCAGCUGUGGCCACCAUCAAAACCAAGAGGACCAUCCAAUUUGUCGACUGGUGCCCGACUGGCUUCAAGUGUGGCAUCAACUACCAGCCUCCGACUGUGGUCCCAGGUGGAGACCUUGCCAAGGUGCAGAGGGCUGUGUGCAUGAUUUCUAACUCGACUAGCGUUGCUGAGGUGUUCUCGAGGAUUGACCACAAGUUUGAUUUGAUGUACGCGAAGCGCGCGUUUGUGCAUUGGUAUGUGGGUGAGGGUAUGGAGGAAGGUGAGUUCUCGGAGGCCAGGGAGGAUUUGGCUGCUCUGGAGAAGGAUUAUGAGGAGGUUGGAGCUGAGUCUGGUGAUGGUGAUGAUGAAGAACAGGAGGAGUAUUGA